CAAAACCCUAGCUGCUGUGGGCAACAUGGAUCAUGAAAAAACCCUAACUCUGAGAAUUCUGCUCCAUGGCCGCUCAAAUCCACCUUCGCAAAAUGCAGAUUUCCCUCUUCCUAUUCUUGGAGUUUUCGCCCUUCUUGGGCGCUCAAGGAAUGGGAAGUACAUUGGCAGCAAAGACAUGGCAGCGUCAGCAGAUUUACGUGCUCAGCCGUCUUGAAAAAACUGGUGGCAGUCGAUGCAAUGCAGCGAACGGAUUGCUGGAAGUUUCAAAUAAACAAACCCGCAAUCCUGGAAGGCAAGCUGGGGCUUCACAAUCAGCAUCCUGCUUCAAUCUUUCAGGACUCUUACUCAGUGGAAAGCUCGCAGAUCAGGUUAGCUUAUGUGGAGCUGCCCACAUUGUAAACCAACCGCCUUGUGUCUGUUCAAGCCCUUGGUCUUCUACACUGCCCUCAGGAGCGAGCAUAUUGAGCUGCUUUUGGUCCAAGAGCGCUGGGAUCAAGUUCGAGUUCCGGCCAAGUAGAAGAAAGUUGGUCAUGGCUUACACUACUGAAGGUGCCAAAGCUGGGGCAUCGCCAGAGGACCUGAAGAUGGAGAUUGAGGGAGUUGCCAAAAAAGCAGCGAUGGAGGCUGGGCGGCUCAUUGUUGCCGCCUCAGGAAAGGCGCAGAAUGUGGAGACAAAGGGCGUGCGCUCAGACCUGGUCACCGAAGUGGACAAGGCGUGCGAGGACCUCAUCAAGCAGAGAGUACAGGAGAGUUUUCCGGACCACUCAAUCCUAGGAGAGGAGACGUCGACGUCCGAGGAGCUCGAGCGGCUGGAUGCCACGCUGGCGGACUCUGAUUGGACGUGGAUCGUGGACCCGAUCGACGGGACGCUCAACUUUGUAGGAGGCCUGCCCCUCUCGGUGGUGUCAAUCGGCGUUGCAAAAGCGAACCGGGUCGAGGUGGGCGUCGUUUUCAACCCGUACUCGGGAGAGCUUUUCACAGCUCGGCGAGGCGAAGGCGCGUUUCUGAACGGCGAGCGGAUUUCCGUUCUACCGCCGGAAACGGAGCUUGAGGACGGAGCGGUGUCGGUGGGCUUCCCGUCCAAGCGUCCGGUGCGAGAGCGCAUGCUGCGAGGAGUCUCAGCGGUUGCCCCGCACGCACGGACCGUCCGCGCUUUAGGGACUGCGGCCCUUCACAUGAGCUACGUGGCCGCGGGAAAGCUCGCGUGCUUCUUUGAGCUCAACUUAAAGCCAUGGGACGUGGCGGCGGCUUGGCUGAUUGUGGAGGAAGCAGGUGGUCGGGUUACCGACAUGGCGGGCAAACCCAUGCGGUUACGGGCGGGCCCUAUUUUGGCUUCCUGUGGCGGACAGCUGCACGAGCGUGUCCUUUCUCUGCUUCGAGAGGCGGAGUGUACCGGAGAGGAGUCCGACCUGAGGUAACGAGGCGAGACUAAAGAAAGGCCUUCAUCACAAGGUUUCUACAGCCAUUUUUGUAAUGCUGUAUGUAGACAGGCAAACCUUUCGUGAAUAAGCCUUGGGUCAACGGCUUCUUAGUGCCCCGAGAAUAUGCCUUCCGUGUCUACACGGAUUCUGGCUGUCUACAUGGAAUCUAAAACCUGUCCGUAAGCAACAAAGUACCAAUGGUCGACCGUGACCCUUGCGGUUCUGAGCCCCGCACGAGCACUGAGAACGUCUUUUCGAUUGAUCGACGAAUCCAAGAGCUGACCGUAUGCGUAGACUGAUGAAAAGCGUUCCAUUUUCUCAGUACUUAUAGCACUCGUUUGGAUCAAAUGAUUGCGUAAGUUGCGCAAUAGCAAAGGAUCUCUGAGCGGACGGUUGAGCACCGUCCUCGGCUUGUCAGCCAGGUUAACAUGGUAACCACGACCAC